AUGCCUCCGCGCAUCCUCCUCCUCACCCUUGACGCCUUCCACACCCUUUUUCAUCCGCGCCUUCCGGUGCAUAUCCAAUACGCCCAAGUCGCGCAAUCCCUCGAUUUCCCCCCACAUCUCUGCAGAAACAAUAUCCCCACUGUCGACCUCGCAGCGAAAAUCUCAACCGCCUUCCGCGCUGUGUAUAAGCACGAGAGUGCCACGAGACCAAAUUUUGGCCGCAAUGUUGCCGGUUUCGGUGGACCAAGGGAGUGGUGGGGUAAUGUGAUACGGGAAUGUUUUAAAACGGUUGCGAGGGAGGACGACGCGCUAGCUAGUAAGGGCAAGGCCGUGGGUGGGACGGAGGCUGGUGUUGAAAUUGAGGUCCCAGAGGAACUCGUCCAGAGGUUGCUGAAACGGUUCGAGAGCCGGGAAGGAUAUUUGCUGUAUCCAGAUGUAGAAGCGUUUAUGACCCGGAUGAGGCGGUGGAGAGUGGGGAGACGGUUGUAUGGAUCCAGUGAUGGUUCUCGGGGAUUUGAGAGGGUGAUUGUAGGUGUUAUUUCGAACUCUGACGAUAGGAAUGCCAAUAUCUUGUCAAGCUUGGGGGUACGUGUUGGGCCGCUGGGGUGGAUCGCUACUAACACUUCUAGCGGUGUUACUACCAGUGAUGGGACUGGUUCGGAUGGAAACACACCGGCUGAUAUAGAUUUUAUCGUUACUAGCUAUGAGGCAGGAGAAGAGAAACCUCAUCGAAAGAUUUUCGAUUUCGCCAAGGAGAGGGCAAAGAAAUGCCUUGAGGGGGAUGGAUCUUUGCUAUUGAAGGAUACAGAUUGGACCUGCAUACAUAUUGGGGACCAUUAUGAAAAGGAUUACGAAGGGGCUAUUAAUGCUGGCUGGGACAGCUUUCUCCUUCCUAGAGAUGGAGAUGGGCCUGCUUUGUCCACCUAUCGCCCUGGGUCGUUAGCAUCAGUAAAACAAAUACAGGCCUUAACGGACAUAUUUCCAAAGCUGGGCAUUGAUGCAUAG